AGUGUGCUUUUCAUUCUUAUUCGUAUAAAGUCGUAACUGACAGGGAGGUAAAUUCGUAAGAAAAAUAUUUAAGUAUUCUUAUGGGAAUAAUUAAAUCGUGCAAAAUGUGUACGUAAAUAUAGUCACGUGGAGAUGUCGUGAAAAUUCUCUAGGAAAAUGAUGUGAUUUAGAGGGUGUUCUUCUGGUGUGCUCAAGGAAAUGGAGAAAAGUGGAAUUAUGGAUGUUAAAAUUGUGUUCGUGACAGUUGCCUCCGUGGUUUUUCUCGUGCGGUAUGCCGACAUCAGGAAUAAUGCACAAAAUGCAUCAUCAUCAUCCUCUGAGUCACAGAAUUUCCUCUGUGGCGUACCACUUAAUAAAUUUGACGAUAGUUUUUCACCCAUGUUGACGUGGCGCAAUUUUCACGAUGUCUCAGCCGUGGAACUUUUCAAUUUCAUCACUCACCCGGACGUAGUCGAAAAGUGGUUUUCACUCGUGUCGCAUUUCACGUCAGCAGACCACAAGCCACUGUGUCCUGGUAAAGUCUUCAGGGUUGUAAUUGGUACUGUCGAAUUUCAUUGUCAUCUAAAACAUUUCGUAAUGUCUCGCUGUUUUACCGUCGAAUCUGACUUUAUGCUGAAGCCAACAUUAACGCUGAUGACUAUUGAUUCAAGAAAUAAUUCAGCAGUAAAUAGACAAGCAUCACUACUCACAAUCAAUCUUCACUUUCGACGUACUUCCUGGAUCUUCCGGAAUUUAAUUGGAAAGGCGUUCCUAUGGAUUUCUCAGCAAAAGAUUGAAGCAUCGCUAUGGAAACUACAGAAAAUCUUGGAGGAAACACAGACUUACCCAUUGUUUCUCCACCACGAUUCUUCAAUACGAAUGGCUUAAGGAGCAAGAUGAAAGAAAAAGAGCAAAAGUAAAUUAAUGCACUCCAUACCAUAUUUUUCACUCAACCUCUUCGAGAAGAAACACGCAAUUUCCUCUUGCUAAAUGAUACCAUUUGUAAUCCCAGAAAACUCCAAAUCCAAAUCUGCACUCCAAAACUUCUGUGGUUUCGUUCUCUGAUGAGAAAGUCAAAAGGAUAAAGGCUGCCAAUUUAUCCACUGAGAAAAGGAACUGGGAUUGUUUUUCUUCCAUAUGUAUAUAACAAAAUAAAACACUAAUAAAUUGUCUAACUAAAUUAGAAAGUCAA